UAUUAUUCAUUACAUAUUUAUUCGAACACGUUCAUUUAGAUUCGAACGGCCACUAUGCUUUUGAAUGGAGAUAAGUCUCCAUUUCCGGUGUGAAGUUUCCGGCGCUCGUCGAUCCGAGGCCCCGAGCGGGGAACUUCGGAAAGGCUCGGUCCAUCGGUCCUUAUUCGAAAUCUCGUCUCAUUCAUCGUGUCGCGCGAAAAAAGGACGAAAGAGAGAGAGAGAGAAAGAGAGAGAGGAACGUCGCCGUGGACGGCGUCGUGGGGUGCGACACCCUCGACUUGAGACCGCGAAAAAAAUUUCCGGGUGGACCGUCUUAUCUCUUCUCGGCGAGUGCGUGGUGUCUGGGACGUCUGGGUUCGAGGCUCGGCGCAUAAAAACGUCCGUUCGCACUUCGCCAGCGGAUUACCGGCAGUCAUUGCGAUACGGUCUCCCCAUCGUGAUACGCGGGGCGCCGCGUCGCGCGUCGUCACCGUCGCUGUCGCCGCCACCGCUGCUACUGCCGUCAUCGUCGCCGUCGUCGCUGCCACCGUUGUCAUCGUCGUCACCGUCGUCGCCGUCGCGGGCAACGAUUGAACGGUCGCGCUGCACGCAACCUCGAAGCAACGAGGGCCGCGCGAGGAUGCCGGUGAAGGUCGACGUGGUGCCGCCGCCGCCCGCCAAUUCGAAGCAACCGGGUGUCACCAAGUCCCUGCUGUACAACGGCUCGCGCUUCCAGGGCUCGCAGAAGUCCAAGGGCAACAGCUACGACGUGGAGGUGGUUUUGCAGCAUGUGGACGAAGAAAACAGUUAUUUAUGUGGAUACUUGAAGAUCAAAGGUCUCACGGAAGAGUUUCCGACCUUGACGACAUUCUUCGACGGCGAGAUCAUCUCCAAAAAGUAUCCCUUUUUAACUCGCAAGUGGGACGCCGAUGAGGAUGUUGACAAGAAACAUUGGAGUAAAUUCGAGUCGUUCUGCCAGUACGCCAAAACGUUCAAUUCCGAUACGUUCGAUUACGAGGCCCUGAAAGGGACAGAUUUUGUAUUUAUGAGGUGGAAGGAGCAUUUCCUGGUACCCGAUCAUACAAUUAAGGAUAUCAAUGGUGCCUCCUUUGCGGGAUUUUACUACAUUUGCUUCCAGAAAUCCGCCGCUACGAUAGAAGGCUUUUAUUAUCAUCGUAGUUCCGAAUGGUAUCAAUCCUUGAAUCUGAGACAUGUCCCAGAGCACAGUAUACAGAUUUACGAGUUCAGGUGAAGUCGAUACCUUCGCUGAGAAAUCUCACGAUAUAUUUGCGUCUUUUCUUUUCUAGCGUACAGAUCUCGUAAAGAUUCAUUGUCUUACAAAUUUUAUUAGAAUGUAUCUCGUAAUGGAUCUAUUUAUUAUUCGUGAUAUGUCCCUCAGUUUUCUGGAAGAGUUUUAGAAUGAACAGAUUUUACGAUAUCCUCUUAGUCGCGACUAUAAUAUCAUUGACAUUAUUGGAGAAUUGGAGUGCCUAUUUAGUAAGUGAUCGAUUGUGGAGCAAUUACUUUAACGUUGAUUGUAAAAAGAUUUUUGGUCGAAAUAAAUUACCUGAUGCAUAUCAUUUUAUCUGAUGCAAAUCAUUGGUGUUUGUUAUUCGGUAGUCCGGUAGAGACUUCAGAAUACUCAUUUGUGUCAUUUAUUGUCAAUGUGUGUAUGAUGCAAGUACAUUCGAUAUUUGAUUUUGACCACAGAUAGUAAAUACAUUUUUAUGCACAUGCUGAAGUAAAAUAUCGACUGUUAUAAAUUACGUUUUUUUAAAGAUUUUUUAGUAACCAUGAUGGGAAACAAUUAUUAUUUACGAGUGAGUUUUGUUUUACAUGUUGCUUUUAGAAUCUUUACGAGAUCUGUUUGCUACAUUAGAAAAGAAGAAGGGCGUAAUUGUUGUUUGAAUGAAGCUGUAUGUAUGUCGAAAAAGAAGAGACAACCGGAAAUGGUAAUUCGCGAAAGAGUUAUAUAUAUCGAGGAUUUAAUUUUAUGUUAAAAACUAUUUAUUUAUUUUAUUUUGCGAUCGAACUUUAUCAGAUUCUAAUAUUUUAUACAUACAUAUAUAAAAUAUAUGUAUUACCUGAUUUUAAAAAUAGGUAUUAGACACAUGGUUGGCUGUUCGCAAAACUUGUCUUCAUGUUUUUAAUCGAGCGUUAAUUAAAUAUAUCGAGAUUCUCUUAGGGAAAUAGAAACACUAUUGUGAUAAGCAUUACCAUACAUAUGCAUAUAUAUAUAUAUAUAUAUAUAUAUAUACAAAUGUAUAUAAGUUAACAAGCUGUAAUAGACAAAAUCGUGUAGCUUAUCCAAGAUUGGCAUACUACAGCUUUCAUUUGCUUGUAACGUUUACAGAACCGUUCUCGAUAACCAGUGAUAUUGAUUUCAAAUGGCAUGCUACAUGCUACAUAAUUUUCGAUAUUACUUUUAUUCUAGUGUUGUUAAAUACUAAUAAUUUUGUUUCCUUUCUUCUUUUUAUAUUUGCGCUAAUAAUCUACCUAAAUACUCAAAGUGAUAGAACGGUACACAUUCUGUUUACAUUGAAAACGCAUACCGAUCCGAUAAGUGUAACAAUCGUUUUGAAUAUUAAAAAAUAGAUACGUACAUACGUAUAACGAGAUACAUAUUUAAUAUAUCAGAUAUACUUUGAAAGUACACUGAUUGUUAAUUAUGUUAAGACCUUUAUUAAACAAAAACAAUCUA